UAAAGAUAAAGGGGCUUUUCAUUUGCUGACCAUGAGGCGGAGCCCGAGGAGACCCCUGAUUCUCAAGAGAAGGAAGUUGCCUUUUCAGCAGAAUGAUGAUUCCACGGCAGCUGGUUCUGCGUCCAGCUCCAAGGAGACGCCAGCGUCGGCAGCGGGUCAGUCCUUCCCCGGCGGGAUCCGCAUCAUGAAUCACCCGUCCAUGUCCGACACUCAGGUGGUCGUCAUUCCCAAAGCGGUGGAUCUUCAGGCCAUCAUCGGUGUCCUCACUGCCAAGGGCAAAGAGAGCGGCACCCAGGGGCCCAAUAAGUUCAUCCUUCUGAGUGAGAACAGCGACUGCAGCGGUGGAUCUGUCCGUCAGGUGGCUCCUGAGGUUGACGGCGUCACUAAAAAGAGUACGGAUGGACAACCAGACAAAGCAGAAACCUUCCCCGAUGCUACGCCUCUCACUGGCUCUAAACCAUGUAUGGAAAUAAAAAAGAAAACUGAAUGUGGUCCUUUAGACGACAGCCUCACCAACAUUCAGUGGCUCGGCAGAAUGAGCACGACUCCUUUGAAAGGAGAUGGAGACGAGAAAGAGAACAGCGACCCGAAAAUGGAGGUUUCUCAGGCACAUGAAACAGACACUGAAGCCGCUCAGCGGCCGACGUCGGAGAGGCCGCCGUACUCCUACAUGGCCAUGAUCCAGUUUGCGAUCAACAGCCGAGACAACAAAAAGAUGACACUGAAAGAGAUUUACACGUGGAUCGAGGAUCACUUCCCGUACUUUAAAGAGGUGGCCAAGCCGGGAUGGAAGAAUUCCAUCCGUCAUAACUUGUCCCUGCACGACAUGUUCAUCCGCGAGACCACGGCAGACAACAAAGUGUCUUUCUGGACGAUCCGGCCUGAGGUGAACAGAUGCCUCACUCUCGACCAGGUGUACAAGCCUGGUUGUGACCCAGUGACUGCUCCUGUUCCGCUGCAAAUGCUUUUAUAUUCACACCAACAACAGAAGAGGACGCUCCCUGACACGAGGAGGACGCCGGGUGAGAGAAGGAUCAAACCUCUUCUCCCUCGAACCGAGUCCUACCUGGUUCCGAUCCAGCUGCCCAUCGCGUCUCCCGUCUAUCUGCCGCGGUCGUCGGCGCAGUUUCCUCCGUGCGUCUCGCAGCAGAAACGAAACCUCUCACGAGCGACAAAGAGAGUGAGGAUCGCACCAAAGGUGACAAAAAGUGAGGCCCCAGCCGUGGCAGUGAAAAGCAAAGACUCUGUGAAGGCGGAGAUAAAGGAGGAGCCCGUGUGUGUGCUGGUCACACGUGUGUCUCCGCGGAGACAGAGCAGCAGCAGCAGAUCGCGGCGUAAACAGCGUCUGGUUCACUCACUGCACGAGGAGCCCGUCCUCAUCUGUCCCGACAACACUCUCUUUGACUCCGGCGUGGCCUCCGACGCCUCCACGUUCCACGACACGCGGGACGGCGAGCAGGACGAGCACGAGCAGCACGAGCAGCACGAGCAGCACAGCCCCGACCGCGAGUUCUCCUUCAAGACCCCGAUAAAGAGCAGCAGUCAGCUGACCUCCUCCACCCCGAGCAAGCCGCCCUCUCACGUCUUACCCGAGCCGUGGAAAGUGACGCCUGUGGGCAAAGGGAGCCAAAACCUUCUGGAUUUCAGCCCCAUCCGUACGCCGGGUGGUCCCGCCGUGACCCCGCGGCACGAGUACAACACGUUCAGCUUCAACAGCACGCCCUUCAAAGACUGGGCUCUGUUCAACUCCCCCAGAGAGCCGCACGCGUCCUCCAGAGCGACCGGGUCGGCGGAGUCGUCCGGCGAGGACCCACAGAGCAGCUGCUCCAGGUCGCUGCUCCAGGCCGGGGGAGCCACGCCCGCUAACCGCUCCCUCACUGAGGGCCUGGUCCUGGACACGAUGAACGACAGCCUCAGCAAGAUUCUCGUGGACAUUAGCUUCUCCGGCCUGGAAGACGAAGAGCUCGGUUUGGCAAACAUCAGCUGGUCCGAGUUCAUCCCGCAGGGUAUGUAGUCACGGGUCCACGAGUCACAUGUUUGUUUUUAACACUACGAGCAGCAGAGCAGGUGCAAAUGUACGUGAAAAUGAGCAAAAAGUCGAGAAAACGGUGUUAAAGGGAAUAAUCUCACUGUUUCUAGUUUUAUCCGAUGGGCUAAUUCCUCGUAGCACACUUCCAAAACACGGCUCGAGUUCGUUGGCUUUGGAAAACGAAUAAUAAAAAAGUUUGUGUGUAAAAAGUUUUAAAACACAAUGCAAUAAUUUUUCCACUGAAGAAUAUUUUUCUAUCCCGUCGUCUUCGGUCACUUCACUGAUUCUUGAGUCUGAAACAGACCAUAAAUCACUUCUGACAUGACAACGUUCCUGUCGAGUUAGAGCAGCAAAUGUCUGUCGUGCAUUUUCAAACAACACUUUAUGAAUCGGAUAAACGACAAAACGAGCCACAUAAUCAGAAAUACGUUCCUUCACAUGUGUUUGGUUUUUUUUGCCAUUCUGACCAUGGGCGGGGCUUAGGAAGCUGCCUACCGAUUGGCUACUGAGUUACCAAAACUCUGUAACCAAUCAGCAGGCAGCUUCUUAAGCCCCGCCCAUGGUCAGAAUAGCAAACAAGAAAAACACAACACAAAGAGCGAGUGUAUUUUCAGACAAAAGAUGUGCGAUUUGUGUAUUUUUGAUUUUGUGGCUCGUUUUGUCGUUCGCUCACUUCAUAAAGGGUUUGUGCGUCAUCGUCAUAAAAUGGCCGCCUCUGGCUCGGUGGUGAAAGCAUCGCCACAAAUCACGUCAUCACCAGCUCGUCCCUGUUGUAGAAUUGCAGCUUUAAUGAACCUUGUGUCAGUCGUCUUUUUAAACACGCUUGGAUUUAAAGCCACGCUCAGACUCGGCUGCUCUGUCCUCACCGUCGUCCCGACUGUCCAUCUGUCUCUAAACGACUCGUCGCCUCUGUCCUCAGUUUUGAAGGCAUCUCCAGAGAAUAGAAAUCCGUCUAAAUGUAUAUGUAAUGUUGAUUUUGCACAUUUUAAUAUAUAAUUUGUUGUUUUUAGCUUCAUGUAAAUGAUGAGAUAUGAAUGUUUUUUUCCUGAUUGUCCAGUGAGACGCGUCUGUGCCACGUGGUUCAGUCCGUUUGUCCUGGGAUCAGCUUUUAGAUUGUAAUGUAGGAGGUUUAAGCAAUAAUUAUUAUUAUAAUAAUAAUAAUAAUAAUAAACAAAAAGAAAUAGCAUAGUAACCCAAAAAGCACACAAACGAAACAGCAAUAGGAUUGUUUCUCUUUGUUUUUUUGUUGUACUACUUCCUCAUUAUCAACGUCAGGGCACUUUGAGGGAAUGUUUUUCAUCAAAAAUGCAUACGUGUGCAAACGGGAGAUUGUUUUCAGUCCACGUAUCGCCAUCGUUUGGAGAAUAGAAUGAGAAAAUGUACAGUUUUUGGUUGUUUAAAAAAAUUAGCGUUUGUGUGUUUGCGUAGGUGAGGGUUUUAACGUCGCUCUUACUCCGUCACGUUGUCUCUGCUUGUGUUUGUAUGACUGUACAA